AGCACGAACAACAACGACAUCGGCAACGACUUUAACAAAGCCGGACCGAGCGAAUCGAAACAAGACGCAAGUUGCUCCUCGCAAAGAUUGUAUCUAAAAGGGAGCAGGCAGCGUUGCUGAAACAAUCGACACCGCAACUCGCACUACUCGCAAGGCACUCCGCCAAACACCUUGCGAUCCCGUUUCGCAUCACAUCAUAUCACAUCACAUCACAUCACAUCACAUCACAUCACAUCACCCGGUCCUGACGCAGUGACUGUACAUAGGACCGCGAUUUGGUUCCAGUGUUAGUGCCAGUAUCAAUUCCACCGAGCAGAUCAAUAAGCAGAGAAGUUUGUAGACUGCAGUGCAACGGCCUGAGAAAAAAAAAACAGUCACAAACCAAACCAAACCAAACGGCUUGUUGCAGCCUUUUGUCCCAUCGGAAGGACACCGAGGAAAUCAACAACGCAAACCCAUUGUUCACUGAAAGAACGGCAAUAGAAACCGCUACCAUGGUGCCCUCGAUAAGUGAAGCGAAAGACACCAUAGAAGAAAAGCCCCCGGAGGAAAAGAAGGAAAAGGCCGACGCCAAGGCCGACUCGGCGGCCACGGCUACGGAACCCGCGAAGAAGAAAAAGAAGAAGAAAAAAGAGGGCAACACCGCGUCGUCGUCUUCGCCGGCGUCCCCAUCGGCAUCGGCAUCGGCCAACGGUUCCUCCAAGGACAAGGAAAGCGUGGCCGACGCCAAGAAGGAAAAGGAACCCGCAGAGAAGAAGAAACAGAAACCCGCCAAAGACGCCGGGGACAAGGCCCCGGAGGAGGACGCCAAAGCCAAACCCGAAGCUUCUUCGGAAACGGGCAAGCCGGCCGAGAAAGAGGCCGAACCCGCCAAACCAAAACCGCAGAGCAACGAUCCCAGCGAGGGACCGGUGGUCUCCGCUUCCAAGCGGACGCGGCCCCCCUACAAGUACGACCCGGAGAAGGUGACCCUCCGCUUUUUGUUUGCGAACAAGGAYGGCCUCACCGUCACGGUGGAAUGCACGCCGAACGACACCGUGGGAGAGGUCAAGGSCCGGCUCCUGUCGGUCUGGCCGGAAGGUAGGUUUUUGUUGUCGCCAAUGCGGUUGUCGUUGUUGUUGCAAUUGUUGUUGCAAUUGUUGUUGCUAUUGUUGUUGUUGCCAUUCUUUAGUGCCAUUGUGUUUUGCGCACCUGGAUGCGAUCAUGCAUUGCAUUCGCAAUCUCAUCGAUUUCGAAUCCCCCCACRCGAACCAUCGAUGUGACACAACGAAACCAAACGAAACCAAACACAACACAACACCAAACACAACACAUCAGACCUCCCGAGCUGCUCGGGCGGAGAUCAAUUGCGCCUGAUUUGUAUGGGCAAGGGCGUCCUCAUGCCCGACUCGAGGACGCUCCGGGCCUGCGAGGUYCCGGUCUUCAAGACGCACCCCACCCCGGUCAACGUUGCGGUCCGCCCGAAGACGGCGAUUCCCGUGCACAAACCCAGCCGCGGAAAAGACGGCGGUUCCCGCGGGGUGGCUUCCCAGGGAAGUCCUUCCGUCAACGUCGCGGAACAGAGCGGACAGGGGUGCGGCUGCGUCAUCAGCUAGUGUUUGGUGUGUGUGUGUGUGUGUGUGUAAGUUGGUGGGUGGGUUGGUUGCGGCCGCCUUGCAUCGUCGGAUGACAUCAGAUCGCAGCACGGCACGGCAUAGCGUAAUAGGUUACGGUAGGGCACGGUAGUACAAGCGGCGGUGUUCGCUAUCUCUUUGGGAGCGGAGCGGUGCAGUGCAGUGCAGUGCAGUGCAUCACAGUGGAAAAUAAUAUUGCUCUGUCGGGGACUACACCAUUGGUCUGGCGUUUCUUGUGGAUUUGUGGUGGAGCUCGGUGGGUGCCGCGCCAUCUCGCAUCGUGAACGAUACAACGACAUGCGUACCGCAUCUCACCGCACAGCAAAGCAGAUACGCACAAACCACUCUACAAUGCUGGAUGCAAUGGAUGGAUGGUUCUCAGACCUGCCGGCACGACGGAAAACAGGAGGGCAUGCACAGCGCACUGCAACACAGUACAACACAAAAGAAAACAAUUCAAUUCAAUACAAUACAACACAGAACAACACAGAACAAAACAGAAUAGCACAACCAGACCGUCUGGAUAGAUCAUACGCCAACAGCAGCAGCAACAAAAUAAUAGUCUAGUUAUCCG